AUGAGGACGCACGCCACCACGACACUCGGCCUCGUGGCCGCCUUCGCGACGGCGGCCAACGCGCACAGCGUCUUCACCACGCUCUUCGUCAACGGCGCCGACCAGGGCGAUGGCACCUGCCCUCGGGCCUGCCCGGCGGCUACUACCUGGUCCGCCCGGAGCUGCUGGCCCUGCACGAGGCCGACAAGGGCGACCCGCAGUUCUACACGGGCUGCGCGCAGAUCCUCGUCGACGGGUCCGCGGGCACCCUCGACGUGCCGGCGAAGAACCAGUGCAGCAUCCCGGGCCACGUCCAGCCGGGCGAGAAGUCGGUCAGCUUCAACAUCUACGGUGCAGUCGUACAGCGACGCCGGUGGCUGCUACAAGGCGUCGGACGACUGCUACAAGCAGCUCUCGGUCUGCUACUCGUCGGCCCCGCCCACGGGGGCGGACGGCUGCAAGGAGUGGGAGCAGAAGUGCAAGGGCAUCCAGGACUCGUGCUCGUCGGGCAGCCCGAGCGGCCCGCCGUCCAAGGGCGCCAAGCUCCAAAACGCCGACAAGCCGCUCCCCGGCGCCAUCCCGCCCGUCCCUAACCCGCAGGCCGCGGCUGGCGGCUCCGCCUCAUCUCAGCCUUCUUCUUCUCCCCCUUCUUCUCCUGCUCCGUCGUCUCCUUCUCCGUCAUCUGCUCCCGCGCAAGCCUCGCUCCCCGCCCCGGCUGUCAAGGAUGACUCGGCCAGCUCUGGUGGCCAGUCCCAGGGCAGCGACGAUCAGGUCACCACCGCACCCACCCCUGCGUCGACGCCGGCUCCCGUGGCGUCCACAGCCCCCACUAGCUCUCCCGCUGGUGCCGGAGCUGGCUCGGAUGAUUCUGAGAGCGGCAGCGGCAGCAGCAGCGGCGGAAGCAGCGACGACAGCAAGCUCCAGGUGUCGGCGGACGGCAAGUGCGGGGGUCGGGCGGGCAACCAGACAUGCAAGGGCAGCAAGUUCGGCGAGUGCUGCUCCAAGCGCGGGCGAUGCGGCUCGUCGCGGUUCCACUGCGCGGCCAGCAGCUCGGGGGCGCGCGGCUGCCAGGAGAAGUACGGGAGCUGCAAGGGCGCCGACGGCAACCAGAACGGCAAGGCAGGCGAGACCCAGGGCCUCGGCAGCAGCUUCCAGCAGCACAAGACCGGCAGCGGCGGGUCCUUCCUCGACGCCAUGCGCGGUGCUAGCGGCCAGGGGCACUGGCUUGCCGUGCCGCCGUUCGUUUCGGCUUGCAAGCCUCCUUUUAUCGCACUUUGA